AUGAGUUCCUCUCUUCGUCAGCAACAAUUAGAAAACCAACCUCUUUUAAACGAUGAUGACAGUCCAAAUGAUCCAGAAGAAGAAGAAAAUUUCAUAGGUUCUCCUUCUAUCAACAAAAAAAAUAAUCCAAACAGUUCAAAAAGACCUGAACGUAGUUUACGUACUCGUGAAGCUCCAAGAGAUCAUGCGAAUUUUUUCCCUCUUAGACAUGGAAAAUUUUCAACCUUGGAAAUUACUCUAGCAUUCAUUUGUGUAUUAUUAUUGAUACUUAUGUCUGUAUUUGCUGGUUUAUAUACAAGAGGUAGAUCUAACAAACAUACUCAUCCUCCACCUCAUCAAACUCCUGUACCUCCUCCAGGACCAAUUCCAACUGUUAUUCCGCCUCCAAAUGAUACUGAAAAGGAUCUUUGCUUGACACCUGAUUGUGUUAUUAUAGCUGCUCAAAUACUUUCCGAUAUUGAUCCAGAAGCUGAUCCUUGUGAUGAUUUCUUCAAAUUUACUUGUGGUGGUUGGUUAAAAAAAAACACAAUACCUGAUGAUAAAGGGGGUUAUGGAUAUUUCAAUAGUUUAUAUGAGGAUAACCAAAAAGUUCUUAAAGAAAUUCUUGAAGAUGAUUUUCCUACUUUCCCAAAUCAUCCAAAUGACACUAUACCAUCACCAGAUGAAACUAUUGACAAGCAAAAUUUUUAUAAAUUGCAAUCAAUGUAUCAAUCUUGCAUGAACGAAACCCAGAUAGGGUUACUUAGAGCUGAACCACUUUUACCAAUAAUUAAAAAAAUUUUGUCUUAUUUUCCAAAUGAUGAAAUCUCCCCAUUUAUGAAUUUUAUUCACAAAUCUUAUUUAAGCUCAUUAUCAUCAGAUCCAUUAAAUGCAACAGCGACAUUAUCUUAUUUAUCAUCAAUCGGGGUAAAUCCUUUAUUCGCAUUUGGAGUAGAAGCUGAUGCAAAAGAUCCCGAAUAUAAUGGGUUAUAUUUGGAUCAAAGUGGUUUAGGUUUACCUUCAAAAGAAUACUAUAAAGAAGAAAGUAUCUUAAAAGUUUAUAAAAGCGUCAUAGCUGAACUAUUAGAAAAAGCUCUUAAAAAAAAUAAAAAAUCUGACGAUUUCAAUAAUUUUGAUGGUAGUUGCAACGAUAAUGAUGAUAAUAAUAUUUUUGAUCAAAAAACUGAUAUUAGUGAAGGUAAUGAGCACGAAUCGCUAAUUUGGAAUGAUUAUGCCGAGAGUAUUGUUGAAUUUGAAAGAGAUUUGGCAAAUAUUUCUUUAUCUGCUGAGGAUUAUAAAGAUCCGGAAGCAAUUUACAAUAACCAUACAUUAGGUUCAUUAUCUGCUUUAUCACCUUCAAUUUUAUGGACGGAAUACCUGAUAAAAUUAAUACCAAAAGAUCAAGCUGUCCCAUCAAAAAUUAUCAUUUCUUCAAAUAAAUAUUUCUCAGAUUUAUCCAAAUUACUCGAAAAGACUUCUUCUUCAAAAUUAUCACUUUACUUUAUUUGGCAAUCUGUUUUUAAAUUUGCUGAUUCGUUGGAUGAAUCCUUUAGACAGCCUAUAAGAAAAUUAAAUUCUGUUUUAAGAGGUAUUGAUGAAAACAUCAAACCUAAACGAUGGGAAGUUUGUUUAAAAGUUAUCGACGAAACUAUAGGUAAAAGUAGAGAAAUGGCUGAUGAUACAAUUACAGCUAUAAAGAAUACGUUUAUUAAUCGUUUACCAGAAUUGGAAUGGUUGGACGAAGAAACACGCAACAAAGCCAUUUAUAAGGUCAAAAAAAUAAUUCAAAAAGUUGGUUAUCCAAUAACUUCACCAAACAUAGAAUCACCUAAAUCACUAGCAGUUUAUUACGAUAAACUAGUUAUUAAGGAAAACCAAUUUUUUGAGAAUAAAUUAAGUUACGAGACUUGGGCUAGUAACGAACAAUGGAAAAUGGUUAACAAAAAAGUUGAUCGGGGUGUUUGGUAUAUGACACCUCAAACUGUUAAUGCUUAUUAUAAUCCAACAGCGAAUGAAAUUGUAUUUCCAGCUGGUAUAUUACAACCGCCUUUCUUUAGUGCAAAAGCUCCUGAAUACAUAAAUUAUGGUUCUGUUGGUAUGGUGGUUGGACAUGAACUUACGCACGCAUUUGAUGACAGUGGAAGACAAUAUGAUGCAAGUGGUAGAUUGACUCAGUGGUGGUCUAAUGAUACAAUCAAAGAAUUUAAAAAAAAAACCAUAUGUUUCAUUGAUCAAUAUUCAAACUUUACAAUAAAUGAUCCUUAUGGUAAACCUGUACACUUGAACGAAUCAUUUAAUGCGUGGUUGACAAGAUUCGAAUCAGACCCAAAAGAAGAAAUUUACAAUAAUGAAUUAUUACCAGGUUUGAGUAAAUGGUCAAGAGAGCAAUUAUUUUUUAUUAGUUAUGGUAGAAGUUGGUGUUCGAAAGUAAGACCUGAAAGAGCAGUUGAAUUAGUUAGAGUUGAUCCUCACUCACCAGCAAAAUGGAGAGUAAAUGGUGUCGUAAAAAAUUCUAAAGAAUUUGCAGACGCCUUUAAGUGUAAAAUUGGGAGAGAAAUGAAUCCCUCCGAAAAAUGUAUUUUAUGGUAA